UCCUCUUCGAGUCUCAAGAUUCUCGCCUCUUUCUUCUCCUUCUUCUUCUCAGUCGAUUGAUCCCUAGCGCCUCCUCCUCUUCGAGUCUCAGAGACUUUCGCCUCUCUCGCCGCUUUCUAUUCAAAGCCACACGCAUCCCAGAUUUGCAAACCAACUUUGGCAUGAGAUGGCAAUCAUAUCUGCUUUAGUGGCGGAAUGUCCAGGCAUACUUCAUCCUAAACUAUCAUACAAGAUUAGAAGAUAUGGUGGGAACAGAUUUAAAGAUUACAAUGCCAUUCGAUUGAUAUCAAGAAAGAUUCCUAAUACAAGGAUUUGCCACGCUCUUGGAGAGGGUUUUGGCACCAAAUAUACUGCAUCUGUUGAAAGAAAUCAUCAUCAGUUGAGCUUUGAUAAUGACUUCACUGAGGAGCCUUUUUGGUUAAGCCAGAUGAAGGAAGCUUUCAGGGCUUUGAAAUCUUUAUUAGGAUUUCUAGCGGAGCAGCCCAGUCAACUGAAGUACAUAGAGUGGCCAACCUUCCAGAGCACGCUUUUCAGUUGUGCACCCUGUGACCAAGCUGACUCUUGCCACUUGAUGUAUGCUCAUGAUAAGUUUGAUGGAGAUUUGCGAAACUGCAAAUCUUUGAAUCUGAAGACUGCUAGUCUGACUCUUGUGCUUGUGGGUGUGUUAAUUAUUGCACUAUCCUCAGUUGACUCGGCGCUUUGUUAUCUAUUGGCUUUGCUUUCAAGGAGGACUGCAUGAUUAAAUGAUGCUUUAGAAAUGAGUUGUUUAUAAUGCGUGGUCCAGCAGCCCAAAGCUAGUAGAUGGUGUUCACAUCAUGUUUCCUCGUGCAGAAUGAUAAGAAUGAAGCAGAGUCCCCGAGCAAGAAAGCUAUUGGAUUUACUUAUUAGCACAUAGCAUAGGUAUCAAAGUGAUGGGAGCAUUACUGCUAGUAGCGUUUGAUAGUCCAAUGCUCAAUAAAAAUUGCUGCUCGUGUUUGUACCAGGUGUACUCAGUUGAGAGGUAUGUCGAAUCAAUUCUGGAAUUUUUGGAAGUGCUCAAUCCAAUCUCCCUUUUGGUUGUGACUAAUUGUAAAGCUUGAUUAGCUAAGAGUGAGCACUGCCUAACACAAGCAUUCAUACACAAGCCCCAAGGCCCGACCAUAGUCGCCUAGAGCUCAAAAAAAUUUAAAACCUCAAUGUAAC